AUGUCGUCAGUUGCCAAACCUGGUGCAAGAUUCCCUCUCGAGGACAACAGAAUUUCAGCCUUCUCGCCUCAUGUCCAGGCUCAUCUAAAGCACUUCUUUGACUCAACGAACGUGUCCGGGAAUAAUGAAACAUUUCUUCGGGCCAUCCAGCGCGAAACUCCAGGGGAACAACAUGAUAUCAGAACAUACGAUGACUUCAUGGUUUACAUGUCAUCUGCAUACGCUCAAGCGCCCCCUGAACCACAAGAUCUGUCGCUACCUAUGAACAAUUACUUUAUCAGCUCGAGCCAUAAUACCUAUCUUACUGGCAAUCAAUUGUAUAGCGAAUCAAGUACCAAGGUUUAUAGAGAUGUUCUUCUGAAAGGAUGUAGAUGUCUUGAAAUUGAUGUGUGGGAUGGAGAACCGGACAGCUCCGAUUCGUCGGCCUCUGAAAGCGACCAUGGCGAUCCUAAAGUUCCCCAGAAAAAUCCAAAGAAGAAUGGCAAAGAUCGGAAAGGUGGUACUUUUAAUCUGUCAUCAUUGUCAAACCAGUUGGAUCGACUUUCUCGAGGAUCGACCACGCAGCCUCAAGUCGCCGGUGCCGAAACUGCCGUGGUAACUACAACUGCAUCUAUGAGUCCACCCGGGGAUGCGGGAACGGCAGCGUCAGCUGUUCAGCUGCGGCGGGAGCCUCUCGUUUUUCAUGGUUAUACUCUAACGAAAGAAAUAACGUUCCGUGAUGUGUGCAACACAAUCCGAGAUCAUGCAUUCGUCACCAGCGAUCUGCCUAUCAUAGUGAGCCUGGAGGUUCAUGCAUGUCUUGAGCAGCAAAAGGUGAUGGUGGAUAUCAUAACGCAGGCAUGGGAAGGGAUGCUCAUUGAACUUCCAGCUGAUAUUGAAGCUAAACUGGAGAGGGGUGAAGUUGAGCACUUGCCAGGCCCUGGAGAACUGCGAAGGAAGAUUUUGAUCAAAGUGAAAUGGGCACCCCCCGAAACGGCGAGUCAAGCUGCGGACACACACGGAGCCUCCGGGGCAAUUGGAAAAGCGAAUUCAGAAUCAAUAGCUCAGGAUGACGCUGUGAGAGGUAAUGAUCCGGGUGAGAACACUGGAGCAGCUCAGGCUACGAAAAAACCCCCGAAGAUUUUACAUUCUCUAAGCCGACUCGGUAUCUACACGCGUGGGCACACUUUUAGUAAAUUCUCACAGCAAGAAGCAACCCAACCAAACCACAUAUUCUCCCUCUCAGAGUCAGCUGUGAGAGACGCCUAUGAAAAUGAACGCCAGGCACUUUUUGAGCAUAAUCGAGAAUAUAUGAUGCGAACGUACCCGUCCGGUCUGCGUGUAAAUUCGUCUAAUUUAGACCCCUCGUUUUACUGGCGACGAGGUAUUCAAAUUGUUGCAUUAAAUUGGCAGAAUUGUGACAAGGGAAUGAUGAUGAACGAAGGAAUGUUUGUAGGGUAUAGAGGUUGGGUACUUAAGCCGGAGACUUACAGGGGGAAAGCAUGGACCAUGGAAGCAGCCAAGGGAACUGAAAGUAACCUCCAGAAUAUCGCGAAGUGUCGUAUCAUGAAAUUAUCCAUUGAAGUCCUUGCGGGGCAAAACAUUCCUCUUCCAGAGGGUGAUGAUCACGCCAAAAGAUUCCGCCCAUAUGUCAAAUGUCAACUCCAUCUUGAGCGACUCAAAGAUAGCAUCUACGCCACCGAAAAUGUGAAAAGCGGUACAGACACUGCAAAGCACAAACAGCAAACGAAGUCUGGCGUUGGCUCAGAUCCUGACUUUGGGGGGCAAGUCUUGCAGUUCCCAAAUGCACCAGUUACUUGGGAGGAAUUGAGUUUUGUGAGGUUCAAGGUUAAGGACCGCGAGUUUGGAAGAGAUGAUUUAGCGGCGUGGGCUUGCAUCAGACUCGAUCGGCUUCGCCAAGGAUUUCGGUUUAUUCGGUUAUUUGACACAACCGGCAAGGAAUCUCAAGACUUUAUCCGAUGCAUGAGACCAUUCAAUAUGUAA